AUCAGGAUUGGAAUGUGUGUCAAAUGUCAGUGUCAAGAAAUGGUUAUGGGUCCAGUGUUUUGAUGCCAGCCGACGUCAUAGCUGUUCGCUCUCACACACGACUUUCAUUUUUGUAUUUUACGUUACCGACUGCCUGAAAAACUAACAGGCAGAUGAUCUUGAUCUAUCAACAUAAUGGAGGAACUGAUACAACGGGUCUUGCCCCCUGAUAUCUGUAGAUAUUUUGUGACCUAUUUUCACAAUCCAACAUAACUACCAGGAACCACUAUUGUAGUCAUCGUAACUGAAAAAUUAAAUCAAAAUGGGUACAGGAAUUCCUUUACUGAAUGAAUACAAGCGAGACUUUUUCUACAAGCGUCUCCCUCAGACCAUUCUGGGAGGUCCCAAGUUGAAGCUUGGAUACGAGGCACCGGUAUAUGUUUAUCUGAACCAAGUGUUGUUGUUUAUCAUCCCGUUUUUGAUAGGAGGUGUAUUUACCCUGUUGGUGGAGCUAGGCACAGUAACAGAUUACAUAGCUGUGAUUGUGUAUGGAUGCCUUAUCUUUACCUUUGUGCUGGUAACACAGAUCAUAUCUACUGCUGUCCAACUGCAGAACUCAUCAGAAUUAACUCUUCCCACAAAGAAAAAAAAUCUGCUUGCUGAAGAUGACGAGGUGGAUUUUUUCUCCUGUUGUGGUGUGGAAACAUUUGAAUUUGUGGCACCGAAGAAAAAAUUCAUGAUAAACAUUGUGUUGCAUUCAUUGGUAGGGGGCUGUAUGUGUGGGUUUGCCUUAUGGUACCUACUGCCAACAACAUUAGGGGGUCUGUACAGUUAUAAUACUGGUGUAACGGUUAUACUCUACACCUUCGGCUGGAUCACGCUUUGUGUGGCCCAGUACCCCCUCACCGUUGCUGCACCACCGGAGCCUGCCACUUACAGGACCUUAGAUAGCUGGGAGUUGUCUCCUCUGAUGCGACCAUUUUAUGUGUUUUUGUGUAUCACGUUUCAUCUUCUCUACAGGUUCCUAUCCACAGUGUUCUUGUCCACAGACCAAAGUCUCCAUGUUCUAUUCUCUUUCCUGCCACUGCUGUGGAUGUUUGGGAUAUUACCUCCCUUAGAUGCUGUCUUCUACUGGCUAUUUGAACAAGCACAUGUACACCUCCUUGGUGGUUCAACUAGUGCAUCUGGUGUAAGACUUGUGGUGCUGUUGACCAUGUCCCUGGGAGUGUACCUUGGUGCCUACUUCUUCUCAGCUAGUCUGGGGUCGGUAUUGUUGUCAGCGAUAUGUGGAUAUCUCCUCAGCACAGAUCUGGGCGGUCUAGGGGACCAGAUACAUACCUUCAUACUCACUCGAAACAAGGUUGCCUCGGCGAGUCAUGAUCCCAACAAUACAAACUACCGAUGUCAGUUUCUGUGGAAAUGGCGGCCAUUGGAGUUUCUCUACCAUUUUAUCAUGUUGGCUGUUGUAGGUGUUUUAUCAGGACUUGUUAAUUACAAUGUGACUAAUGAUGACAGCAUUUGGAGGAUUCUGGGAUAUGUGAUUAUUGGAUUGUGUGUGACAGAGAAAAUCCUGAGAGAUAUUCAGGGUGUAUACAUUGUGUUAGGUUUGUGGAGAAAUAUGUUAUUUCCACCAACAGCCACUCGAACAAACUUGUUUAAGGACAGAAAAAGAAAAUUAAAACCAUUAGGUGUUCUUCGCCGGAUAAUUGUAAGCUGGGUUGCUCCCCUGGUCAUGCUAGCCUAUUGCUCAUUACUGGUGACAACUACUGACCCAGCCAACAAGUCCCUGCGAUCAAAUCUAUCUACUUAUACAUCAGUAUGGUACAUCUUUGGUGUGGUCCGAGUGUUCCGUUGGGUCUGGCAGAGCACACCCAACUCAUUACUGGAAUUAUCCAUUACUCAUCUCAUCCUAGUCACCCUCAGCACCAAUUCGACCGUCAUAGAGUUUGGAUUACCCAUUCUUUCUCUAAUCAUAGGCCUCUGCAGAGACAGAUUUUUCCAGUUCUUGAAUAAGUUAUAUUUUUGUGUAUCUCUUUUAAUAUCCUCCUGGACGGACAAGAAACAGCGCCGAGGGUCGACGGCCUUAAUCAUUUUUCUGUCCAUUGUCCUUUUCCCUGUGGUGCUUGGUAUUAUACUGGUGGCUACAGCUUUGUCUGCUCCACUCUUACCUCUAUUUACUUUGCCAGUAUUUUUUAUUACCUUUCCACGCCCCUGUAAAUUCUGGCCUGAAGCAGUUGGAGCCUCAGCGAAUGUAUGUGCUGAUUCCAUGUUUUACCGACAGUUCGCUCCCAAAUUUGCAGAAGUCUUGAGAACAGCAUUUGCAGAUGGAAGUCUAGGUGAGCCUGUGCCUGGUAACCACUACCUGGUGAGGUUCCAGGACCGUCUGGCCUGGGUACAGGUCCUAGAGCGAGGAUGUGGCUACUGUACAGUCAACAUCAAGGGUCUAGAGCUACAGGAGACAUCCUGUCACACAGCCGAGGCUGCCAGACUUGACGACAUCUUUGAGGAGGCAUUUGAGCGGGAGCAUGGGUUUGCUCUUGGAUCACUGAACCAGUACCCCUUACACACCCUCACUCCAGUGGACGCUGCAUAUGUCCACACUUACUCUGAUGCCAGAAACGUGCUUACAGGAAUCAUAGACAGUCCUGGUAGUUACCAGACCACAAUGACAGCUUUCUCUAAAAGUCUUGUCUGGGUUUUACUGCAUCAUAUUAAUCGUACAAAAUGCAGCACUGCCCCACCGUUUGUAGACCGGGACAGUGAUAGUGGUUGUGAUUCGUCAGAAGGUAAGGAGAAAAUGGAGAUGGAGGAAAUUAACCAUAACCAAGAGACUAUGAAUAACAACCUAUCGCCCCCUUCAGCCUCACGGAGAGUGGUCGGGGCCAGCUCCAGGGUGGGCAUGAAAACUGUGGAUACAGUUGUUACGGUAAAUAAACCACCAGUAGUCAAACGUCAGUCAUCAUGGGCGUCUAUAGACAGUUUUGCUGACAGUUUGUGGUCAGAUGAUGGAAUCCUAGAUAGUAGGACCAACAAAAACACUUUACAGAGGUCCAAAGUUCAAGCUUAUCCAUCUGUAGAUAACUCCAAGAGUAAAAAUAAACUUUCCAGUGAUAAGGAUGAUUUAGAUGAUUUGUUUGAGGAGUUAGAUUUUGGUUUACCUGCAUCAGAUAUUACCAAGCCAAAACAAGUGUUACAGCCAACAUUUAAAACCAUGAAGUCCUACUCUAAAAAUGGAGCCAUGGGCAAUACUAUAUACAAACCUGUAACAAAUCUGGCAGGUUCCCCGGACUUCAAGUGUCCUCAUUCAUUCCACAUCAGUGUGCCUGCACGCUGGCGAGAGCUGCCUGUUGAAUAUUCUCAGCUUUCUCGGUACCUAGACCAGUUCCCUAGGGAGUGGUACCGCUUUGUCCUGGGAACACUUGACUGGUCAGUUACGGGACAGUCCAGGGAGAAAGUGGCUCUAGACGUUGGUCAGGAUGAUACACUUAUGAACUGCUAUGCACAGUUAGUGAUGGCAUGUUACUCCAUAUUUGAUGCUCAAGUGUCAUACAGCCCUGCCAGCACUCUCUACAAGUAUUACACUGGUGAUCUCCCUUGGAACGCCAUGUUGGACUGGUUGUCAGAGGACAAGGAGCUGUACACACUUGUCCUCAAGUGCUUUAGGUAUGGGUUUAAGCUGAUGUUGGAUCAGAUGUUAUUGGGAGAGGUGACUUCAUCCGAGGAAUUACAGGAAUAUAUGGAGGAAUAUGACCGUGAUUGGUACAUAGGACUGGAAUCAGAUGACCAAUGGAAGUCUGCUGUACUGGCCAGCAAACCAAAUCUCUUCUCUCUUGGUCAUAACAAUCAACAGGGGACGUACACAAGUCGAGUGUUGUCAUUGCAAGAAGUGGCGGCCCAUAUAGGCCGACUCAACACAGAGGUAGUCCGGGGACAGUGGGCAAAUCUUAGCCUGGAGUUGUUGUAUUUCACUAACGAUGAUGAGGAGCGCUACAGUAUCCAAGCCCACCCCACAGUUCUCAGGAACCUCACUGUACAGUCAGCAGACCCACCUCUAGGCUAUCCUAUCUUUUCAUCUCCUCCAAUCAGCAUUCCUACUAUCUGAGGGGUCAAAGAUCAACAUAAAUGACCCUCAACCCAUCAGCAUCCCCACCAUCUAGGGGUCAAAGAUCAACAUAGAUGACCCUCAACCCAUCAGCAUCCCAACCGUCUGAGAGGUCAAAGAUCAACAUAGAUGACCUCAACCUAUCAGCAUCCCCACUAUCUGCGGGGUCAAAGCUCAACAAAGAUGACCCUCAACCCAUCAGCAUCCCAACCGUCUGAGAGGUCAAAGAUCAGUUCAAAAUCUGUUCAGCCAAUCAUCAUAUACACCAUCUAUGAGGCAUCUCCACCAUCUCAAAGGGAAAUGUCAGCAGCCUCAGCAAUGGAUUUAGGCUAGUUUUAAUUACUAUGAUUAUGUUAGGAUGCAAUGGUUGGAGUUGAAAUAUUAUAAACUACUGUUUGGGAAACACAUGAUACAAUAUUAUAUGAAUUAUGUCACAAUUCAUGUCACUAUUUUUGGUUAGUCAUAUUGAUUGUACAGAAAUAUACCUGGUUCAUUAUUAAGGUAGCAUAACCAUUCUAUCAUGAUGGUACUAAUGUGUUGGUAACAAGGAAUCGUGAUUUGAAAAUUUGAAAUGUUUAUAAGGAUUGUAAAACGGUUUAUUAAAUUCUGUCUCAUUUUGAAUGUGAGUGACAUCACUAGUCUAUUCCACGACAGAGUGACCUACCCUUUAAACAACCAAAAGUAAUUGUGUUUAACUGUUAUGCAAUAGAGAUAUCUUAUCUUAUUGUGAAUUCGGUGACAGUACAUUGUAUACAUGUAUCAUGAAGAUCACAGCAGAGUUAUUCCACCUCCCCCUACAAUGGUCAGGAUGGUCAGUUGGUUACCAACAUUUCAUCACCCGUUAGCUAGCACUGAAAUAUUUGUAAAUUGAGAUUUGUAUCUUUUAAACCCUCAGCGGACCAUUUUGUUACAUAUUUCUAUUGAUAUCUAUGUAUCAAUUUGAAGCACAUGCUUUGUAUAGCUCUAGUCUAUGUUGAACUACUGUAUAGCACCGAUCCUAUGUCUUACAUUGCUCUAAUUUGCUCAAAAAAAAGGUUGAUUCAAUAGUAAGGUCUCCAAGACAUUCCAGAGUAAUUAUUGUAGAUACAUGUAUCAGUUUUAUUUGAUGAGAUAUCUAAUUAUAUGGUUACCUGUACAGGUAACAAAAUAGGUAGGCAGGUAACAAAACAGCCUACCUGUUCUCCCUGUAUGUCUUGUGAGUAGUGAACCUCCCUGUCCUCACUGUAUGUAUCAUGAGUAAUGAAUAUCCCUGUUCUCCCUGUAUGUACCAUGAGUAAUGAAUAUCCCUGUUCUUCCUGUAUGUACCGUGAGUAGUGAACCUCCCUGUCUCUCCUGUAUGUACCGUGAGUAGUGAACCUCUCUGUAUGUACUGUAAGUAGUGAACCUCCCUGUCCUCCCUGUAUGUACCGUGAGUAAUAAACCUCCCUGUCCUCCCUGUAUGUACCAUGAGUAAUGAACCUCCAUGUUCUCCCUGUAUGUAACAUGAGUAGUGAACCUCCCUGUUCUCCCUGUAUGUACCAUGAUUAAUGAACUUCCCUGUUCUCCCUGUAUGUAUUGUGAGUAGUGAGCCUCCCUGUUCUCCCUGUAUGUAUUGUGAGUAGUGAACCUCCCUGUUCUCCCUGUAUGUACCAUGAGUAAUGAACCUCCCUGUUCUCUCUGUAUGUACCAUGAGUAGUGAACCUCCCUGUUCUCCCUAUAUGUACCAUGAGUAAUGAACCUCCCUGUUCUCCCUGUAUGUACCAUGAGUAGUGAACCUCCCUGUUCUCCCUGUAUGUACCGUGAGUAAUAAACCUCCCUGUUCUCCCUGUAUGUACUGUGAAUAAUGAGCCUCCCUGUUCUCCCUGUAUGUAUUGUGAGAGUGUUGAUGUCUUAUUUGAUAAUGCUAACCUCAGCUCUAGUGCUACUUUAAAGGAAAUGAAUGUAGUGUUGAAAUCUUAGUGACAAAGGUUUCCGUUGGUAAUAAGAUGUUGCAUAAUUUUUCGUGUAAAAUCAGUCGUAAUGAGAUUUUAGCCUUCUGUGACUGACUAUUGACAAAAUCACAACUAAUGCACCGUAGAGAAACUAUGUCAGUAUUAUGUGCCAUUAUGAUAAUAACAUUAUAUUUGUAUUUAAUAAUUUUGGUGACAUGCAAAACAUUCAGAAGCUAUUUAAUGAAUAACACAAUAUGUUGAAGAAAUAAUAAUUUGCUGUAAAGUGACAUACAGUACUGAUUUCUUUCGAAUAUACUUUUAUUUUUUGAAAAUUGACUAUGUUGUCAUUGAAUUUCUGCAUAGUGUUCAUAAACUGUUUCUUUUUGUGAAUUAUUACAGAAUUAUUAUAUAUAUCAAACAUUAUUUUUCAGAAAGAAAUACAAUGAACUUCCAAUCUGAUCAAUUAUAUUAGUUUUAGAUUUACAUAAUAAAUGUUUUAGGUUUACAACAUAUCAGCCCAAGGAUUACAUAUCCAAAUAACAGCAUAUCACUCUUUGUUUUAGGGACCUGCUUAGAAAAGUGGUCUUUUGGAUAGAAUGAAUGUUCAACAGUUGAUCAUCAAACUUUCUUUAUAUGAACAGAACACUGAACUCCAGAAAAUAAUCUCAUCUUAAUGUCUUUAUCAUCAGAACUGUUGUUUCCUACAAGUUUUUAGGUUGUGAACUUUCAUUUAAAAUCCAUGUGAAAAUCUGAGUGGCUCUGCUUAUGUGUGUUUAUCUCUUAUAAUCAUAAUGCAAGAGGAAGCCACAGUUUAGGAGAGCACCAUUUGUGUGCAUGGAAAAGAGCAAAACGGACAUUUUGCAUGAUUUUCAAUGGUAUUACAUGGGAUCAUGGCAAUUAUUUGUUCAAUACAUUUGUAGGAAAUCAAAUGAUUACCGUAUUUCAAAUGUGAUGUAGAGACAAAAUCUUAAGAGAGCACCAGGGUGACUGAUAUGAGACACCAUAUUCUCACUGCAAGGCCCUAAAUAUUUAAAUAAUGUAGGAAGAUAAAUGGAAUUCAAGGAGAUCUAUUAACUUAGUAGGUGUGUAUCAUGAAAAUCAAUAAUUAAACUUAAGACAACAAUAUUCCUGUAAUCCCUGUAGUUCAGGUUCCCAAAGUACAAAGUACAUGGAAUGUCCGUUUCAUUUUUAUUCUCUGAUCGGUAAAUUAUUAAAACAUAUCACUUUUUUUUUUGCUAUAAAUAGUUUUAUACCACUGUACAGAACUUUAAUUUGAAUUUGUAAACAUGCCCACUUUAAACAUUCUUAAUAUUUGUAUUAUGUAAUCUCAGUAUACUCUCUAAAUGUAAGUUAAUGUUGAAGUAUGUUGAGGCUUGGCGUGAGAUUCACCUAGAUCUAUUGUAUUAAAUCGCUGUAGUAAUGUCUUCAUGACAUAAUGUUGUCUGUGAUAAUUUACAUAAUUAUUUAUAUCUUUUAUGGUUGUUUAUUGAUUGAUUUAUUUAUUAUUGUUUGUGGUUAUGUACCUAUGUGCUCUGCUGCCAUAGGUAGAGGAUUUACUGGUAUACAGCUGUAUUACCCCACCCCCAACCCCACCUACCAGAUCUGCUCUCUGUUUUAUGACUUUACAUGAAAAUAAUAUGAAAUAUUAAAUUUGCUACCAUUAUUUAUUAUUUGUGUAGUGAGUGGUAAAUUGGUCCUUGUAAUCGCUUCAUAAAAAUGUCAAAAAUUGUUGUCAGUGUUUUACCGUACUCAUCAUUUAUUUUUAAAUCUAGUGAAUGUGAUCAAUGUUAUGCAUUUGAGAAAGGAUUUUAUGAUAAGUAGUUUUUGUCAUUAUCUAUAAUUUGACUGCACAAUGAAGGAAUGUUCAUUUCAAAUAGUGUGACAGCACAUUCAAGUGACUCUAUAUAAGUCCUUUGUCAAAAUGAAAAUGUUCAGAUGGAACCAACUCCAGCUACCCACCGUACAUGACUUGAUAUUCUGUUGCAGCUAGAUGUGGGUAUAUUGUUUUGUUGCAGAGGAAUAUUUCUGUUUGUCACAGCUGAAUAUUUCCUCUUCUAGAUAUAUCUCCCGAUGUGGUAUAGCUGAAUAUCUCCUUCUAGAUCCAGAUAUAUCUCCCAACAUGGUAUAGCUGAAUAUCUCUUGUUCUAGAUCCAGAUAUAUCUUCCAGCAUGGUAUAGCUGAAUAUCUCAUUUCAGAUAUAUCUCCCAGCAUGGUAUAGCUGAAUAUCUCAUUUUAGAUCCAGAUAUAUCUCCCAACAUGGUAUAGCUGAGUAUCUCCUUUUAGAUCCAGAUAUAUCUCCCAACAUGGUAUAGCUGAAUAUCUCUGGUUCUAGAUCCAGAUAUAUCUCCUGAUGUAAUAGAGCUGAAUUUCUCAUUUUAGAUCCAGAUAAAUCUCCCAGCAUGGUAUAGCUGAAUAUCUCAUUUUAGAUCCAGAUAUAUCUCCCAACAUGGUAUAGCUGAAUAUCUCUUGUUCUAGAUCCAGAUAUAUCUCCUGAUGUAAUAGAGCUGAAUUUCUCAUUUUAGAUCCAGAUAUAUCUCCCAGCAUGGUAUAGCUGAAUAUCUCAUUUUAGAUCCAGAUAUAUCUCCCAACAUGGUACAGCUGAAUAUCUCAUUUUAGAUCCAGAUAUAUCUCCCAACAUGGUAUAGCUGAAUAUCUCCUUUUAGAUCCAGAUAUAUCUCCCAACAUGGUAUAGCUGAAUAUCUCAUUUUAGAUCCAGAUAUAUCUCCCAACAUGGUACAGCUGAAUAUCUCAUUUUAGAUCCAGAUAUAUCUCCCAACAUGGUAUAGCUGAAUAUCUCCUUUUAGAUCCAGAUAUAUCUCCCAACAUGGUAUAGCUGAAUAUCUCAUUUUAGAUCCAGAUAUAUAUUUUCCAACAUGGUGUAGCUGAAUAUCUCAUUUUAGAUCUAGAUAUAUCAGCUGACAUUGUAUAGCUGAAUAUCUCGUUCCAGAUAUCCUUGUAUGAAAUUUAGAAUUAUGUUUCAUUGGAUAUCUCAUGUUUCUGUUUGAUACUCUUUAGGCUUGAUACCCUGUAGGCUUGAUACCCUUUAGGCUUGAUACCCUGUAGGCUUGAUACCCUUUAGGCUUGAUACCCUGUAGGCUUGAUACCCUUUAGGCUUGAUACCCUGUAGGCUUGAUACCCUGUAGGCUUGAUACCCUUUAGGCUUGAUACCCUGUAGGCUUGAUACCCUUUAGGCUUGAUACCCUGUAGGCUUGAUACCCUUUAGGCUUGAUACCCUUUAGGCUUGAUACCCUGUAGGCUUGAUACCCUUUAGGCUUGAUACCCUUUAGGCUAUGUUUACGACUCAAUAUAUCCACCUCAGGCUCUGACAGAAUAACCUUUCUUGUACUGUAUUCUGCGAGUGAAAAACAUUUUUGAAAUAUGAUUUUCAAGAGAUACCCUGGUCUUGAUUAUCACUGUAAAAGAUUAAUUUUGUACAUUAACAUUUCUCUGGAUAUGAUUAGUUCAGGAAAUUAAUAGUGGAAAAGAAACCUCACAAUAAACACAUGUAAUAUUAUCAAAUUUGUUGAAAUUAUCCCAAUGUUGAACAAUUUUUAGAUUGGAGUUAAUGAUGCCGUCCAUUACAUGUGAAAGUAUCCUGUAUAGAUACAGAGUAUGAUAUGUGAAAGUAUCCUGUAUAGAUACAGAGUAUGAUAUGUGAAAGUAUCCUGUAUCAAUACAAAUAUGAUAUGUGAAAGUAUCCUGUAUAGAUACAGAAUAUGAAAUGUGAAAGUAUCCUGUAUCAAUACAAAUAUGAUAUGUGAAAGUAUCCUGUAUCAAUACAGAAUAUGAUAUGUGAAAGUAUCCUGUAUCAAUACAAAUAUGAUAUGUGAAAGUAUCCUGUAUCAAUACAAAUAUGAUAUGUGAAAGUAUCCUGUAUCAAUACAAAUAUGAUAUGUGAAAGUAUCCUGUAUCAAUACAAAUAUGAUAUGUGAAAGUAUCCUGUAUCAAUACAGAAUAUGGUAUGUGAAAGUAUCCUGUAUCAAUACAAAUAUGAUAUGUGAAAGUAUCCUGUAUCAAUACAAAUAUGAUAUGUGAAAGUAUCCUGUAUAGAUACAGAAUAUGAUAUGUGAAAGUAUCCUGUAUACAUAUAGUCCUGUAUGUACAGAUUUAAUAGUUAAUUGUGCUCAAAGAUCUUUACCGAUACUGUAUAAGGUUUAUUUCUUCAACCAUGAAGUAGAGUGUUGCUACUGAACCUGUUUAUCCAGUCAGUUGACGGAGUACAGAAUAUUAAUUAAAUCAAUUAAGUGAGAACACUGUAUAUAUAUUUACCAAGUACACCACUAUACCAGUUACGACAAAGGCAUCAUUUUACAGAGAACACAAAUUUAGGGAGUACUUGGUAUCCAUACUGUCAAUUUAGGAAGUAUUAAAUAAAAUUUAUGGCAUGCAUCAGUUUUAGGAGUACAUUUGUUUAUGAUGAACACCUGAUUCAGUUAACAGGAACACACGUUUACUCAGCACUAAAGUGUGAAUUGGAGUGCAUUUAAACCUGUUAGUGUUGUUUUUACAUGAAUGUGCUCAUUGUGGUGAAGUUACAAACCUUCAGUGCAUCUAUAUUUUUUUGUAUUUAAGUUUAUGUUUACAACCCAAUUAAUUCACGAUACAAGUAACAGAUUUAAUAUUUGGUAUUUAAUGUAAACAGCAUGAUCUUAAAUUUGCUUUGUGGUUAGUUAACUAUUUGUUUUUAAAUCGUGUCCUAAUUUGGAGGCCGAGAUAUACUAAUUAUCAGAAAAUGUUUCAUAUAUGUUUUUUGCAUAAACUGACUGUAGCUUAUUUAUUUGAUUUAGGAUGUAAAUUAUUCAUGGUCAGUUUGCAGCUCUAUAAGUGAGAAGUUUGACAAGCCAAGUUAUUGUUUUUGUACACAGCUCUAUGUACUGGAGUAAUUAUACAAUAAAAUGAUUGUCUUGUAAAA